AAAAGAAAAAGAAAAGUUCAACUGCCCAAAAGAAAGCUCUCUCUCUCUCCCUCUCUCCGGCCUGGCUUUUCUGGUCUCGCUCCUGAUAACACGUUUCGUACCCAACAAGUCUCUCUCGACCCUCGACCACCGUGCUGGCGGAAAUUACAGCAAUCGGAGAUUCUCCGGCAGUUCACCAGCCCCGUCGAUGAAAUUCUCCGUCGAAUUACGCCAGCAAAAUGACCCCUGCGAGCCCUAGACUCUUCCAGAUUUGCUAGGCAUUGAGUGGAUCCUGUGGGCAUGGACCCAGAUUUGGAGAUAAAAGAUCAGAUGAAGGUGGGAAUGGAGGGCUUGCCUCAGAAAGAGUCUGAAAGUCUUCCCCCACAUGGCAAUGAAAAUUCUGUGCCUUGCACAGAUAAACUUGAUGACGGAUGUUGUCCCAAAGAAGCUUUGCCUGAAAACAAAGCUGAGGUGCAGCAGACAACUGAGGAUUUGGAAGUUGAUAUAGUUAAUUGUUCGAAUUCUCAAGACGUUGGAGAUGUGGAAACUGAAAACGAUGACACCAGCGAGAGCAUCAGUUCAUUCAGCAGCUCGUUUGAGACAGAAAAUGACCUUACGUUGACUGAUAAUGAGGUUGAAUCGUAUAUGUGUCGUGGUGGUCACUCAACUUCAUUAUUUGAUAGCUAUGGUGCAGAAUCUCAAUCUAGGAGGAAAAGGUUAACCGAACAUUGGAGGAGAUUCAUUCGUCCUCUUAUGUGGCGAUGUAAGUGGAUAGAAUUGCAGCUUAAGGAAUUUCAAUCCCAGACACUGAAGUACGAUAGAGAACUUGGAGAAAUUGAACAAAGGAAGACGUUUGAUCGUGAGUCAUUAGUAGCAGAAGGUCAUGAAGCAAAGUCAAAACCAUUUUCUUCUUCGAAUCCGAGGAUGAAAGUCUUGAAGAGAAAGAAAAGAAAGAGAUAUGAAGAGAUGAAUGAUAUGACAUCAUUUAUGUUGCAGAAUAACAUCAUCUCCUAUUAUGAACAUAAGAAGACAGCCAAUGAUGGUGCUUCUAUGGACGGUGAUCCCACUCUUCCAGGUGAGAAGUCAAAGAGGGCAGGCAAAGCGGAUCCAAAGUCUGCAUUUCAUCAAGAAGGAUGGGCACCCUUACAUUCUAAAGAUGGGGUUGGCAGAGAUGAAGACAUCCUUAUGAAAAUUGGAGCUCUACAAUCCCAAGUCCAUAGGUUGAGGUCCCGAAUCGAUGUGGUGAUGAGAGAUAAUCCAGGAAAGUUCUCUUAUUUGACUAGGUUAACCUCGCCUGAACCAGAUGAUGUGUUGGCCUGUUCGGAAAACCCUGGUUCCUUUGUUGAAAAUGGAGAUAGAGCGGUUAGAUCUCUAUAUCCUGUGGAAGAUCAUAUACCUGGAAUUCCAGUUUCAAGUCAGGGUGAGGCAGCCUCUCGUCCUCAUAUGCCAGAAACCCUAGAUCGGCCUUCGGAUGGGGCUCCUAGUGAAAUUAAGAACGAAGCUUUUGUGACUCUUAAUCAACCAGCAAGGAAAGAAAUUGCACAAGCUGUGGAAGACUUAGUGACUCAGCCCGAGGAGCAGAAGCCUGAGUUACCAACCGAUGUGCAGACAGCAAGCAACCCGAUUCAAGCAAGGGCUCCAUUACUUCAGAUGCACUACCCUGGGAAAUCACUUCCUAAAUCUCGGUCCAGGGUGGUGACCAGCAACAAGCGAAAACGUGGCAAGCGGAGGUCUGGACGAGGGGGAUGGAAUAGGAAACCUUCAACUGAAAAAUGAAGAAGAAUGGUUUUUUUACUUGGUGCAUAUGGUAAUUGGUAUAUAUAUGUUAAAAGGAGUGAGCUUUUUGCCAAGAGGAGAAAACUGCUAAAAACCCAUAGUCUCCCAUCUGUUGAUUUUGUAUAUGCUAGCAGCUGCAUAUUCUUCCUCUCAUGUCUCUCAACCCUUGCUUGGUUCACUGUCUACUGCAACACCGCAGCGACAUAUGUAUAAUAUAGCUUACAUUCCUGUUCUAUAGAUCUGUUUUUCUUCUUCUUAGGCCUUUGUUACGUAGUGCUGAAAGUCGUGAUGUAAACUGAAUGGUGUAUUGAUUCUGAGACGUUAAUUCUUUAGCUCUUCUGCCAAAGUGUUGAAACUUGGAAAGGGAAAUUCUUUUCCUGGGGAAAGAAACAGCAGAGGAUUCCUGUCUGCAUGAAGCUAAUCAAAUAUCUUCUUCCAAGGCAGGUAUCAGAUUUCGAAGUUCCAUCAAAAAAAUCUCAGCAGAAGAAUGAUUCCUUUCUUGCAGUGUACCAGCAAUAUGCCCAUCUCCUCUAUUGCAGUUUCUCCCUCUUUCCUUCACUGGUUAUAUAGCAAUACGAUCCAUCAUCAACAUCUCCAAAGUCUGUAAACACAUCUCCAGAAAAUGGGGAUGCUCAUGAGUUCCCUGGGAAAAGGAGUGCCGUCGACGCAGAUGAUAGGUUUUGUGAUGGGAACCCUGUACAAGCAAUUUGUUGACAGAGACAUCCAGUGCUUUGAUGACUUCCAUUUCGCCAUUCUCGACAUUUUCAACUCUUUCAACUCAGCUUUACCAGGAAAGCACUACGAUGCCCCCUCCCGAAAGGAAGUUGAGGAAUGUUUCCAUGCGUGGACGGAAGCUGGAGAUGGGUCGGCGAAGAAGGAGCUGUUCGUCGCGUUUAUGAAGAAGAAGGUGCAUCUGAGCAGACUAGACGACUCGACAAUGGUGGCGGGGAUAGUGACGCCACCAGCAGCCAUGGCGGCCAAGAGAGCAGGCGAGAACGUGCCCCAGUUGAAGAUGAUCAAGUACAUCCCGGACGUCAUCUUUGUUCCAUCGGCGACCGUUCUUGCCAUCGUCACUGCUAAGCUCACCAAGAGGAUGUUCCUGGGCAACUUUGCAUCUUGAGAAAGAUCAUUCUGAGUUCUGGGAUUUGUGUAAUUGGUGUCAGUUCCGUGCUUAUUUUGGAUUUUUCGGCUUACAGACGAGGAUGCAAUCCAACUAUUGAUACAUGCAUUAUUGUGGGUGAGCUAUCAACAAAGAAAAGAGAAUUCCACAACAUAAUUUGUGACAGAUCAGUUACGUCUCAAGAAUGCACUUGCGCUGCAAGGGGUUUUGAUUUCUAAAUCAUAGUGCAAUUUAGGGGUCGUUUGCUUGUUGGAUUUGAAAAAUGAAGGUUUUGUGCAACAAAAACCUUGGGAUUCAUGAGGGAUUUAUUGUAUUAUGGAUUUGAAAAGUCUAGUGUUUGCAUGAUAGAAUUGAUAAUGGAUUUAUGAUGGAUUUGUCACAUAAGCAACUAACAACCAUCAUGGAUUUACAAAUCCCAAACAAAUAUGUGGGAUUUACAAGUCCGUGGGGUCCACGGAUUUGGUCCCAAAUUAAAGACCAAAUCCGUGGACCCCACGGAUUUGAUACCCAUCAACAAACAAUGGACUUGUGUUAAAUCCAUCAAACUUGGGAUUUAGGUACCAAAUCCAUGACCCAAAUCC